ACCAUCAACUCAGCAUUCAUGAUCAACCCCGACGCCAAUGAUGGCUGCGCCUACGCAUACGACAGUGUUGUGCGGAACCGUGAAGAGCGCCGACACAUGGAUGCGGGUGACUGCGAGUGCUGUCGUGCAUACUAUGAAAAUGUCGGCCCGAUGCCGCGCAGGUUGCAGCAGCCACUCUGGCGCUCACCCUCGACAACCCCUCGCAAGGAACAGAGACAGCAGGAACAGCACGGACUCGGAGCAGCGUCCUCGUCGCACCGGAAACAUCGCAACUCCUUCCGCAACCCCUCAGAGGACGACGAAGCCGAGAACAAGCGGGACGAAAUAGAGGCACACAAAAAGGCGAUCUCAAAACACCGGUACCACUGGCCGCGCGCCAAGACACCACCAGGCUACUGGGAUAUUGGAUUUCCGAGCACGCCGGAGGUGGACGCGAUUAAUGCUCGCGCGAGCGCGAUGCACAGGGACAAGAGGCGUGCCGUUGAGAGGGAGGCUUCGUAA